AUGCGCCUUACGAACAUCGUUUUCUUCGGCUCUGUCGUGUAUUGGGCCGCCGCGGCGCCCACAGAAACUCACGCCCUUGUUGAAAGACAGGCGAUCAACGUGAACGGUUGCUGGUGUUGCAAUACGGUUAUAAAGCCUCAUGGAAACUUCUAUGGCGCUGGGGCUGGUUGUAAGGCUGGAGCAUGUGGUAAUCCAGAUCAUGAGCUCUGUUGCACUGCUGCCGUCCUUCUCCCUUUUAUUGCCUGUGUAGGUCCACGCUCCCCCUAG